ACUAUUUGACGAUUGAUUCGAGUACUGCUGUAAAUACGACCACCAGCACAAUUGGGCCUGAUUAGAAGUUGGCGCAGGACCACCUAAGGUCGAGGUCAGUACACCCUCCGCGCCUUCGAUCGCUACAGGCCCACGAAGCAGAAGAAGAGAAAGAAGAAGAGAAAGAAGAAGAAAAAAUGUGUCGACGAGUUUUCACUCAUCGAAUGCAUCAUGACGUACGGCAGCCCAUGACGAUCCCUCAUGGCGUCUGUGGUGCCAGGGCAGGUAUAUAUGCUAAUCCCUUACGGACGGUUUACCACCGUUGCGAGCUGAGCAUCCGAAAGCAUGCGCAUGCUUGGGUAUUGAAUCUCCCCAUUCGCGACUGCGAGUUUCACAGCUGCUGCAUUGUACUAGAAGAUUUCAUUCCAUGCGAAGAAGGUGAGUCUGAGUUGUUGGGCGACGGUUUUGAGCCAGAGCUGUGCCUCCAUUUCGCGCUAGAGCAUCGCCACGAACAGCUUGAAAUGUGGUGUCUAGGGGGCCCUUGCGACAGUCGUACGUGCGUUCGCGCCAUGUGCAACGUCGAGCCGGUAGUCACUUGGCGAGAGCUCGACGAAAUCGAAUACGAAGACAAUUGGGAUCCUGAGUAUAACCGGGGCGAGGAGGCGCGAGCGAGAUGGGAACAGCGCCUCUUUACACAUAUGGAGAGACUGAAUAUACUCAUGGCAGAUCAAGCAAUACAUAUAGCAGUAUUACAUGACAUCAUGAGAGGUCAGUCUGCUGACAGUACAGCCUUGGCGACCGCUGCGCGGAACACUUUGCGAGUGAAGGACAAAGUCAAACUACGGCUGUACUCAAUAGCUCAUGAGCUCACCUGGGCGAGGCAUUGACAAAUGAUGGUCAAAAAUAUUGACCAGAUUACGCCAAUGACAUGUGUUCAUUGACAACGGUAGAAGAUAUAUGUAGGUAGCAUAG